UCUCUCUCUCUCUCUCUCUAUUAAUUCUAUCUUCUUUCUUUUUCUUUCUUUGUCCCAAGUAUUCUUCUUAAAUUCUAGUCACAAGAAAUGUGUUUGCACCUAUGAACAUAUCUACCUUUUCACUCUCCAAUGAAAGAGAAAUGUCAGUGAAGUUGAAGUGUACCGAGAUACUCGUAGACGUUAUAUUGAGUACAUAAAUGUGAAUAAGAAAAAGAGUGAAAAAGAAUAAGCAGUUUUUCGAGUUCACACUAUGUCAACCCUCUCUUUGUUUUUUUGCUAAAUUUUUCUCAUUUCAGUCUUUUCCCAAAAUCUUUGUUUGACUUCCUACAACCGAGACAUUUCUUCCUUGUUUUUUACUUCUAGUUUUUCCCAUUAGUUUUUCCUUGGAUAAAACCAGAGAAUAUUAUUAUCUAUACAAAACUCUAUGCCCUAACCUUCUAAACAAGUCAAAACCAAAAAGCAAAAAAAAACCUCCUACUACACAGCUAUUUUAUACAUAUAUAGAAAGGAGAUAGAAAUUGUUCUAUGGAUAUUGAAGGGCUUAUAGCAUAUCUUGGUGGAGAAAUUCAAGAUGUGUAGGUUGUUUUGGGUUUCUUGAAAAUCUCAAUUCGAGAAAAAUUAAAAAUCCUUAGUUAGCUUUGCAAAGAAGGAAAAGUUCAUCAAGAUGUUUCAGCAAAACAUGUUCGAUAGCCACAAUUUUUUGCUAGAUUUGAGCCAUAAAACAUCAGAAAACGAGAUGGACUUGAUUCGAGAUGAUGAAUUCGAGAGCAAAUCAGGCGCUGAUACCACGGAGUUAGCCCCUUCAGGAGACGAUCAAGAUCCUAAUAAACGUCCUAAGAAGAAACAAUAUCAUCGGCAUACACAGCAUCAAAUUCAAGAAUUGGAAGCGUUUUUCAAAGAAUGUCCUCAUCCAGAUGAUAAACAAAGGAAAGAGUUGGGGAAAAGAUUAGGGUUAGAGCCUUUGCAAAUUAAGUUUUGGUUCCAAAACAAACGUACUCAAAUGAAGGCUCAUCAGGAACGCCAUGAGAACACACAAUUGAGGAAUGAGAAUGAGAAACUUCGUGCCGAAAAUAUACGGUAUAAAGAAGCACUUACCACUGCUACAUGUCCAAAUUGUGGAGGGCCGGCUACCAUUGGCGAGAUGUCAUUUGAUGAGCAGCACUUGAGGAUUGAAAAUGCUCGCCUAAGAGAAGAGAUUGACAGGAUAUCUGGGAUAGCAGCAAAAUAUGUUGGGAAACCAAUGCUUAAUUAUGCUCAACUUCCUUCUCCUAUACCACCAACUCGUUCACUUGAUCUUGGAGUGGCAAGUUUUGGUCAUCAAUUAGGAGAAAUGUACAAUGCUGGUGACCUUCUUAGAUCAAUUUCUGGCUCAACAGAUGCCGAUAAACCAAUGAUAAUUGAGCUCGCUGUUGCAGCAAUGGAGGAAUUUAUUAGAUUGGCUGAAACUAGAGAGCCCUUGUGGAUUCAAAGUUCAGAAAAUUCUGCUGAGAUUUUAAGUGAGGAGGAAUAUGCUCGGACAUUUCCUCGAGGGGUUGGACCAAAGUCAUUGAGACUAACAUCUGAAGCGUCACGAGAAUCGGCCGUUGUCAUUAUGAAUCACAUUAAUUUAGUAGAAAUUUUGAUGGAUGUGAACCAAUGGACAAGUUUUUUCGCUGGGUUAGUAUCAAAAGCAACGACUUUGGAAGUCUUAUCGACUGGCGUCGCAGGAAACUACAAUGGAGCUUUGCAAGUGAUGACAGCUGAGUUCCAAGUCCCCUCACCCCUUGUACCAACUCGUGAAAACUAUUUCGUAAGAUAUUGUAAACAACAUGCUGAUGGGACUUGGGCAGUGGUUGAUGUUUCCUUAGACAAUUUGCGCCCUACUUCAAUAGUGUCACGUUGUAGAAGAAGGCCAUCUGGUUGUCUAAUUCAAGAAUUACCAAAUGGUUACUCCAAGGUAACGUGGAUCGAACAUGUUGAGGUGGACGAUAGAGCUGUCAAUAGUAUUUAUAGACCUCUCGUGAAUUCAGGCCUGGCAUUUGGUGCUAAAAGAUGGGUAGCAACAUUAGAUAGACAAUGUGAACGACUUGCAAGUGUAAUGGCCAAUAACAUCCCAACUGGAGAUGUUAUUACAAGUCCAGAAGGUAGAAAAAGUAUGUUAAAACUUGCUGAGAGAAUGGUGAUGAGCUUUUGCGCGGGCGUUGGUGCAUCAACGGCUCACACAUGGACAACAUUAUCUGGAAGUGGUGCUGAUGAUGUGAGAGUGAUGACAAGGAAGAGUAUAGAUGAUCCAGGAAGACCUCCUGGUAUUGUACUGAGUGCAGCUACUUCAUUUUGGUUGCCAGUUCCUACUAAGAGAGUUUUUGACUUUCUUCGCAAUGAGAAUUCAAGAAAUGAGUGGGAUAUUCUUUCAAAUGGUGGCCUAGUUCAAGAAAUGGCACAUAUUGCAAAUGGUCGUGAUUCUGGCAACAGCGUAUCUCUACUGCGUGUUAAUAGUGGAAACUCAAGCCAGAAUAAUAUGCUGAUACUCCAGGAGAGUUGCACUGAUUCAACCGGCUCGUACGUUAUUUACGCGCCGGUUGAUAUAGCAGCAAUGAAUGUGGUGUUAAGUGGUGGUGAUCCUGAUUAUGUGGCUCUUUUGCCUUCUGGUUUUGCAAUACUCCCUGAUGGUUCUACUACAACUCAUGGAGUUGGAAUUAAUCCUGAGACUAAUGCUGCGGGUGGUUCGUUACUCACUGUUGCAUUUCAGAUACUAGUUGAUUCAGUCCCAACUGCGAAACUAUCGCUUGGAUCAGUUGCAACUGUUAAUAGUCUCAUCAAGUGCACUGUUGAAAGGAUCAAAGCUUCUAUAGUAUGCGAAAGCGCAUAAUGCUAAUCUGAGUUAAAUUCAAGAGGAAGAAAAGGAAAAGAAGGAUGAAUUAACAAUUCAUAUUUCUAGUGAGGAAAAGGGAAGGAGUCAAGAACGCACCUCGAAAAAUACUUGCUGUGUGGAAUUUGUAAGCGAGAAAAACAAGCAAGUGUAGAAUAGGUUCGGGUAUUGACUUCACCAUUAAUGAAUUUAACUUUGAUGUAAACAAUCCUUCUCCUUUUUACAUCAAACUCCCAUCAGCCAAAUCAAGUCUUUUGUGUUGCACUUUUAUUUCAUGAAGAGGCUUCAAAAUCGGAAGUAUUUGCUAAAUA